AUCAAAACAAAUAAAAAAAAUUUUUCGAUUUUCAGUGUUUUUCAGUAGUUUUUAAGCUUAAAAUCUUACCAAACAGGCCAAAAAUCAGACAAUAAUGAAUUUUUACGAGCAAUUCCGUUCGAGUUGGUUGACUUCGUUGAUCGGAUUCGCGUUAUUUAUCGUCGGCACUUUGAUUUUAUUUUGGAAUGAAGGUCGGGCAGUUCAUAUCACACUUUCGCUGCAAGAAGCCUUGGAUCAGGCGAUAUCCCUGAAGUACGACAGACCCUUUGAUAGCUCAGCGGAAGGCAGAUUGGUUCACAUUUACGGUCCGCUUGUCACGGGAGAGCCUUUAACUGAAAUGGAUUACAACAUUAUGGUCCAAGCUGUGAAAUUAAAACGUCGCGUUCAGAUGUACCAACAUGUCGAAGAGACCAUUGAACACAAAUACGGCGAUAGUGUCGUCAGUACCGAUGCCGAAGAUCGAACUUAUUACUACACAAAAGAGUUUCGGGAUGACUUGGUUGACUCUCGAAGCUUUUAUAUCCGGCACGGACACGAAAAUCCAACAAAAUUCCCCAUGGAUAGUCGUUUGUACACCGCAGAGCACGUCACAAUCGGCGAUUAUGAGCUCGGAAAUGAGCUGAAAGAGAAAUUUACGACUUUUCAAGAAGUAACGUCAGAUACAAGACCUGACGAUAGUCUCAUUAAACUCCAUUCCGGCAUGUACUAUCACUGCAUGGACAUUUUCAACCCGGAAAUUGGCGAUAUUCGGAUACAAUUUUCCUUUGCUGGGCUCCAAGGUGAAGUUUACACGACAGUUGGUCGAUUGGAGAACAACAAAAUUGUCCCGUUUCGCAGUAAAUUGGGUAAAAAAGUGUUGAUUUUGUUCAAAGGCGAGUACGAGCUCAAUGACGUCUUCGACAAAGAGCAUCGAUCGCAAAAGUGGACGACAUGGGGCUUCCGUUUCAUUGGAUUUGUCUUGAUUUUCUUUGCCGUAACGUGCGUUUCGCAUCUUUUAACAACCAUUUUGACGUCAAAUCGAUUUACGGCACAUUUGGCUCCAAAUCCAGCGAAUUUGUUCGCUUCUAAUUUGGGAUUUGCGCUAUCGACAGCGUUACUUAUCACUUCGGUAGCUUGGAUUCUGCAUCGUCCGUGGCUCGGAGCAAGUUUACUUUGUACAGCUAUCACGCCGGCACUUUUUCGACGACCAGCGGUGCGUUAUCAGCGAAUGGAUUAGCUUUAAAAGAGGAAAAAAUUAAAUGAAAUUCUAGUCAAAAAUGCUCAAAAUCGA